AUGUCCGGCGGCCCUGCGACUGGCAGGCGGAUGCAGAGACCAAUCCCAAGGUGCUGGUGGGUGGCAGCCAGUGGUAAUCGCGAUGGGACUUUGGGCUGGAGAGGCUUUUUAGGGCCUGGUGCUGGAUCCUGCGACGGGUGUGAUCAGGGGCCAAUGGCCAGCCCGUGGCAGAGUGGGAGCCGAAAGUCUCCAAAAUGCAGGUCCGUGGCUGCCGAGGAGGAUGCUGGAAGUUCCACGUCUUCGGGCUGGAGGAAUCCGCGGACCUUGCAUCAACGGUCUGCUGAACGCCGUGACGAAGAGGCUCUGGGAGACACUGCGCAGCUCUCCCGAGACGCCGCCGAGGCCAAGUUGGUGGCGGUCCUCUACGCCGAGCAUGUUUUGGGCUGCUGA